AUCCAUUUCAAUGGUGCAGCUUUCCCAAGCCCCUUUCCGUUGCCCAUCAUCACCUUCAGGCUGGUCAGAGGAGGGCGAACAUAAGAGCAUGAAGGCGGCCAAGCAGCAGGUGAACCCGUCUGGGGAGAAUCAACCUCCCUCCAGCCCCUUGCAGUCUGCGCUGAACUCGGCAGCCUCUCCUUCCCAGGCGUAUGAGACUUACAUUGAUAAUGGGCUUAUCUGCCUCAAACACAAGAUCAGGAACAUUGAGAAAAAGAAGCUCAAACUAGAAGACUACAAAGAUCGCCUGAAGAAGGGAGAAGCCCUCAAUCAAGACCAGUUGGAGGCAGUAGAGAAAUACGAUGAAGUAGUACACAACUUGGAAUUCGCUAAGGAGCUUCAGAAGACUUUUUCAGGACUUAGUCAAGAUUUGCUGAAAGCACAGAGGAAGGCUCAGCGAAGAGAGAGUCUAUUGAAGCUUGAAGCAGAAAAGAAAAAACUGCGUACAAUACUUCAAGUCCAGUAUGUGCUGCAGAACUUCACUCAAGAGCAUGUUCAGAAAGAUUUCAAAGGUGGUGUGAAUGGUGCAAUAUACUUGCCUUCUAAAGAACUAGACUACCUCAUAAGAUUUGCAAAACUGACAUGUCCAGAAAGAAAUGAGAACUUGAGUGUUGAAGACCAGAUGGAACAAUCAUCUCUCUACUUCUGGGACCUUCUAGAAGGAAGUGAGAAACCUGUGGUGGGAACAACAUACAAACACAUGAAGGACCUGUUAUCCAAACUUCUAGACUCCGGCUACUUUGAAAGUAUUCCGACUCCUCGUACCACUGUGCCGGUGAAAGAAUUUGAAGAAGAAGUAAAUAGAAAAUCUGAGAGAACAAGGCAGAUGUCAAAAGGAGAGUCUGUCAAAGAACCAGAAUCCCUUAUGGAGCUUAUGAAGUCUGAAAUACGGCCACAGGAGUUUCUCAACAGGCGUUAUUUGCCUGAAGCAGAAUACUCUGUCAAGAAGAAGCCAGAAGAGCCCAAAUCUUGGGAAGCUGAGUGUGCUAGAAAGCAAGAACCUCCAAAGUCCUGGGAAAUGCUUGUUGAUAUUGAAGAGCAGGAACAGAAGCAGAAACAAGAGACCUUAAAGCCUUGGGAAGCUCGUUUUAGACAGCAAGAACCAAAAAGACCAGAUUCUCCAAAGCCUUGGGAAGCUCGUGUUAAAGAGGAGGAACAGAAGCGUGAGUCUACAAAGCCCUGGGAGACCCGUGUUGAGGAGGAAGAACAGAAGAAGCAAGAAGCUCCGAAGGCCUGGGUAGCACGUGUCAGAGAGGAGCAGGAGUCCCCCAAACCUUGGGUAGCAAAGGUUAGGGAAGAGCAUGACCAGAAGAAACAGGAAUCACCUAAGCCAUGGGUAGCCAAAGUUAGGGAAGAGCAGGAACAGAAAAAGCAGGAGACCCCAAAAACUUGGGUAACCAAAGUUAAGGAAGAACCAGAACAAAAGCAGGAAUCUCCAAAACCUUGGGUAACCCAAACUAGGGAGCAACCAGAACAAAAGAAGCCAGAGCCUGUGAAAUCAUGGGAAAUGCCUCUUAGGGAAGAGGCAGAGCAAAAGAAGCAGGAGCCUGUGAAGGCUUGGGCUGCACAUGUUAGGGAGGAGCCAGAACAAAAGAAGCAGGAGACUCGAGAGGCUUGGGAGAAAGCUGACAGGCAGCAGCAAGUGUCAUCACAGCAGUUACAGAACCCUCCGAAGUCCUGGGGAGCUGCAAGUGUUGGGCCAAAGGAGCAGAUGGGGCCAAAGAAGUUUGAUAUGGAACCCAAAGAAGAGUCCAUUCUGGAUUUUGAUAAAGCUUCACCAAGUGCCAUUGGUUCAUCCCAACCACCUUCAGUUACUCCAGCAAGUAGUCCUGUAGCUUCAAAAGAACAGAAACUGCCAAGUCAGAGUGAUUUUCUUCAACAGCCCAUUAAAGCUGCUUCUCCAUCCAUGACACUGCAUGGUUCAAAUACUUCCCUAGCAUCUGCUGAUCAGACUCUUUCUGGCUCUGAAACUGAAGACUUGGUGACACCACAGACGCCACAG